AUGCAUGGCUCGGUCACAAAGUAUGGACACCGGGCUGGACUGGCUGGGGCUGGCGUGCUCGCUCGGAUGAUUCUUGCCAGCUUCUGGAUGAAGAUCCCCGUCGCCUAUCGCCGGAGAUACGGUGGGGAAGGCCUGGGUUUUGGGCAGGAGAGUCCGAUGUUGCUGGGUAACCUUGACGAGACGUCUUUCCCGAGCUUGGAACGCUCCAUGAGAUUUUCCAGGCAUGAAUUAGCCCGAGCACCCGAGCCCGUAAGAAAAGCCAUCGUCGCCGCCAGCUAUUCACGCGGAAAACUGUCCAUUGACCGAGCGUCCAUGGCGAUGAUCCAACUGCGAAUGGACGACACCCCACCAAACUGUCGACUGGCCGAGCAUGACAUUCCAUGGGUCACCAUCCCACAUGCUGCAGCCCGCAUACCGUCCAGGGCCCAGCGGUGUAAUCUGAUUACAGUACCGCCUGCCAAUCGUGCCGCAGCGUCAUCGCCCGUCCGGGAUCCCCUCCUCCGCCUUGCGCUGACCUGCCCCUCCGCUCCUCUGCUCUGGCUUGCCGGGCAGCCGCUGGAGAGGGUCAUCAUCCCCAAGUACUUCUAUGCCCUCCUCUCCUCCUCCUUCCCCCCUCUUCUUCCUUUCCUAACUUUCUCAUCUCAUUCCUCUCUGUCCAUCUCUCUCUCCCUCCUCACGUUCAUCCCCCUCUUGAGGUCCUCCCCCUCCUCCUCAUCCUCCUUUUUCCGUCGGGUAAGUCGCCGGAUCCCUCCAAUUGAGUUUCCUAAUCCUCCCAUGAUUUCCCCGCGCUUUCCCACGCUUUCCCGUUCCGAAACCGGGCCUUUUUCUUCCCCGGAAGCACCUUCUCCCCAGGUGACUCACGCCAACGUAUCACUGCUCCGUUUUCUGGCUUGCUUUUUUUCUUCCGAGCGUCAUUGGAUCAUCCGGCUAACUCGUAUACUAUAUUUCCCUUCAUCCCAGCUCCUGCGCCUUCUCUCUCUCUUCUCUAGAUCCUCCUUCAAUAGCCCUCCAUCUUCCCUGCCCAUACUCUAG